AUGACUGAUGGAAAUAAAGUCCUAGACAUAUUCAGCAUUGUGGUUGACUGGCAGUGGUUUGAGGAUUUGAGUCAUUACCGAGGUGCGAUGGACGGAAUCCACACCUCCAUGUACGGAGAUCCGCACGCGCCUCGGGCCCUGCCGCAGGUUCACCAUCUGACCCACGCCGGGACCCACGCCGGGACCCACGCCGGGACCCACGCCGGGACCCACGCCGGGACCCACGCCGGGACCCACGGGCCUCCGCCGCACGCCGCGCAGCACUACGGGGCGCACGCGCUGCACGGCGUCAUCCCGAGCGGCAUCGGAAGCGCAGUGAGCGACGCGUUAAAGAGAGACAAGGACCAGAUCUACGGGCACCCGCUCUUCCCGCUGCUGGCUCUGCUCUUUGAGAAGUGUGAGCUGGCCACGUGCACGGCGGCAGGAGACGUUUGCUCCUCAGACUCUUUUAACGACGACAUCACGGUUUUCGCCAAACAGAUCCGCGCAGAAAAGCCUUUAUUCUCCUCAAAUCCUGAGAUGGACAAUUUGAUGAUUCAAGCAAUUCAAGUCCUACGAUUUCAUCUCCUGGAAUUGGAAAAGGUUCAUGAGCUCUGUGACAACUUUUGCCAUCAUUACAUCAGCUGCCUGAAAGGCAAAAUGCCCAUCGACUUGGUCAUCGAGGAACGAGACAUCUGCAAGUCUGACUUUGAUGACCUGUCAGGAUCAUCCACCCAUCACGUGAGUGAUCACAAACCCGCAUCUUGGAGAGACAUGGAGACACCCCACUCUAUGACUUCUGUGGGAACCCCAGGACCUUCCAGUUGGGGUACACAUUUCCCACAUGGAGAAAACACCAGUGAGCUGG